AUGCUUGCGCGACUGAGCGAAAAGGUGCAAGACGUCCUCAAUCUCAGAGAGUCUCCGAUUAUUCUCUGGGCAGAUUCGUCGGUAGCUCUUACCUGGGUCUCUUCCCACCCGGCAAAGUGGAAGAAUUACGUUCGCAAUCGGGUGACAGCCGUCCAAGAACUGCUGCCCACCGCCACCUGGCGCUUCGUGCCAGGGAAGGAAAAUCCCGCAGAUUGCGCAACAAGAGGACUAAGCGCGCAGGAGAUUGAAAACCAUUCACUCUGGUGGCGCGGGCCACCGUGGUUAAGUCAAACAACUACCGAAUGGCCGAAAUGGAGUGAGAGGAAAUCAUCUAACGUCGACAUGGAGGAGAAGCCGAAUCACGCUCUAACCUCUCGUUGCGAUGAUCAAGAACCUCCCUGGGAUCUCUUAACGAAAUACUCAUCGCUCACAACACUAUUACGAGUGACUGCGACUUGCAAGCGCGCCGUUAGGCGUUUUAGGCAACUUCCAGCAGAAUCGAUUUCAGAGCAUCUUACUCCGGCUGAACUGCACGAGAGCUCUCUAUUUUGGGCCUUCCACGUUCAGCAGUACUAUUUUCAACACGAACGGAGAGUCAUAGCGAAGGGAGGACGCUUAUCAAAAUCAAGCCCUAUCUUAAAACUCACUCCAUUCCUGGAUGAGUCCGGACUCAUGAGAGUGGGCGGGCGACUUCAAAACUCACAAUUACCAGCCGACGUGAAACACCCGAUCAUACUACCUCGCCAAUCUCCGCUCACCUCUCUAAUCAUCUCGGAUGCUCAUAAGAGGACCUUACACGGUGGAACUCAAGUGACGCUGGCUUACGUUCGCCAAAAGUAUUGGAUCAUCGGGGGACGAACACCAGUCCGAUCCUUUAUUUUAAAAUGCGUCACAUGUGCUCGAUACCGACAAAAUCGAGCUCGACAGCUGAUGGGUCAGCUCCCAAAAUCAAGAGUCACUCCUUCCCGUCCAUUUCUGGUUUCAGGAGUUGAUUAUGCUGGACCCAUAAGUAUAAAAACUUGGCGAGGGCGGGCGGCCAAAAUAUACAAGGGAUACCUGGCGAUCUUCGUGUGCUUCUCCACCUCCGCUGUCCACAUCGAAGUGGUAACAGAUUAA